CUUCUGGGCAGUGCAACGCGGCUAAUUGGAGACUAAACAUCGUCAACAUGGAACACUAAAGGAUACAGUGCGCGAAAGGAUUACGGCAAGGCUCUCCAAGGAGCCCAAAGUGCAAAUGUGAAUUAAUCGAAUUAUCCUGAGUUUCGCGUUCGCAAAGACCAAGAAAUCAGAGAUAUGAGUAGCAACACGGAAUCCGAUGCCGAAAAGGCGUUGGGCUCGCGCCUGGAUUACGAUCUGAUGAUGGCCGAGGAGUACAUACUCAGUGAUGUGGAGAAGAACUUCAUAUUGGCCUGCGAGCGGGGUGACCUUCCUGGUGUCAAGAAGCUCCUCGAGGAAUAUAUGGGCACCGACAAGUUCAACAUUAACUGCACGGACCCCAUGAACCGUUCAGCCCUAAUUUCGGCCAUCGAGAACGAGAACUUCGACCUGAUGGUGCUCCUGCUGGAGAACAACAUUGAGGUGGGUGACGCCCUGCUCCAUGCCAUUUCCGAGGAGUAUGUCGAGGCUGUGGAGGAGCUGCUGCAGUGGGAGGAGACCAACCACAAGGAGGGCCAGCCCUAUAGCUGGGAGGCGGUGGACCGCUCGAAGUCCACCUUCACCGUGGACAUCACGCCCCUUAUCCUGGCCGCCCACCGCAAUAACUACGAGAUACUCAAAAUACUCCUGGAUCGCGGUGCCACGCUGCCCAUGCCACACGACGUCAAGUGCGGCUGCGAUGAAUGUGUGACCUCCCAGACGUCGGACUCCCUGCGCCACUCGCAGUCGAGGAUCAACGCGUACCGCGCCUUGUCGGCCAGUUCGCUGAUAGCGCUCAGCUCCCGGGACCCUGUACUGACCGCCUUCCAAUUGUCCUGGGAACUCAAGCGCCUGCAGGCAAUGGAAUCGGAGUUUCGUGCCGAAUACACGGAGAUGCGUCAGAUGGUGCAGGACUUCGGCACCUCCCUUCUGGACCACGCACGCACAUCCAUGGAGCUCGAAGUGAUGCUCAACUACAACCACGAGCCGUCCCACGACAUUUGGUGUCUCGGCCAACGGCAGACUCUGGAACGAUUGAAGCUAGCCAUACGAUAUAAGCAAAAGACGUUUGUGGCACAUCCAAAUGUCCAACAGUUGUUGGCCGCCAUUUGGUAUGAUGGACUGCCGGGUUUCCGACGCAAACAGGCCUCCCAGCAACUGAUGGAUGUAAUGAAGCUCGGCUGCAGCUUUCCCAUCUACAGUUUGAAGUACAUCCUGGCCCCGGAUUCCGAUGGGGCCAAGUUCAUGCGCAAGCCCUUUGUCAAGUUCAUCACACACUCCUGCUCCUACAUGUUCUUUUUGAUGCUUUUGGGUGCCGCCUCUUUGAGGGUGGUGCAAAUCACCUUUGAACUGCUGGCUUUUCCCUGGAUGCUGACCAUGCUGGAAGAUUGGCGCAAACACGAACGAGGCUCCUUACCGGGUCCCAUCGAACUGGCAAUCAUAACCUACAUAAUGGCCUUGAUAUUUGAGGAACUAAAGUCCCUGUAUUCGGAUGGCUUGUUUGAGUAUAUCAUGGAUCUUUGGAACAUAGUCGACUACAUAUCGAAUAUGUUCUAUGUGACGUGGAUUCUUUGUAGAGCCACCGCUUGGGUAAUAGUUCAUCGUGAUCUCUGGUUCCGUGGCAUAGACCCCUACUUCCCACGUGAGCACUGGCAUCCCUUUGAUCCCAUGCUUUUAUCGGAAGGUGCCUUUGCUGCCGGAAUGGUCUUCUCCUAUCUGAAGCUUGUCCAUAUCUUCUCGAUCAAUCCCCAUUUGGGUCCGUUGCAAGUUUCGCUGGGACGCAUGAUAAUCGACAUUAUAAAGUUCUUCUUUAUCUACACUUUGGUUUUGUUCGCCUUUGGGUGUGGUCUCAAUCAGUUACUUUGGUACUAUGCUGAACUCGAGAAGAAUAAGUGCUAUCACCUGCAUCCGGAUGUGGCUGACUUCGAUGACCAGGAAAAGGCUUGUACCAUCUGGCGAAGAUUUUCCAACUUAUUUGAGACAUCGCAAUCCCUUUUUUGGGCUUCCUUUGGCCUGGUGGACUUGGUCUCAUUCGAUCUGGCCGGAAUCAAGAGUUUCACCCGGUUCUGGGCCCUCCUGAUGUUCGGCUCCUAUUCGGUGAUCAAUAUUAUUGUGCUCCUCAACAUGCUUAUUGCCAUGAUGUCCAACUCGUAUCAAAUCAUCUCGGAGCGAGCCGACACAGAGUGGAAGUUCGCCCGGUCUCAGCUUUGGAUGAGCUACUUCGAGGAUGGCGGCACUAUUCCACCGCCGUUCAACCUCUGUCCCAAUAUGAAGAUGUUGAGAAAGACUCUGGGGCGGAAGCGGCCUUCACGAACCAAGAGCUUUAUGCGCAAGUCGAUGGAGCGGGCACAGGUCCUGCAUGACAAAGUGAUGAAGCUGCUGGUCAGGCGGUACAUUACGGCGGAGCAGAGGCGGCGGGACGAUUACGGCAUUACCGAGGAUGAUAUCAUUGAGGUGCGGCAGGACAUCAGCUCCUUGCGUUUCGAACUACUGGAGAUUUUCACGAACAAUAGUUGGGAGGUACCCGACAUCGAGAAGAAGUCUCAGGGAGUGGCCCGAACCACCAAGGGCAAGGUGAUGGAACGACGCAUCCUCAAGGACUUCCAGAUUGGCUUCGUGGAGAAUCUGAAGCAGGAAAUGAGCGAAAGUGAGAGCGGUCGGGACAUAUUCUCAUCGCUGGCCAAGGUCAUCGGCAGAAAGAAGACCCAGAAGGGCGAUAAGGACUGGAAUGCCAUUGCGAGAAAGAAUACCUUUGCUUCUGAUCCUAUUGGUUCGAAGCGCUCCUCCAUGCAACGUCAUAGCCAACGCAGUCUGAGGAGAAAGAUCAUUGAGACAGCCAAUGAGGGUCUGCUGAUGAACCAGAACCAGUUGAUUGAAUUUAAUCCCAACUUGGGUGAUGUGACUCGGGCCACGAGAGUGGCUUAUGUCAAGUUCAUGCGAAAGAAGAUGGCUGCGGAUGAGGUUUCCUUGGCCGACGACGGUAGUCCAAAUGGCGAAGCGGAGAAGAAACCUAUAGAUGCCUCUGGGUCAAAGAAAUCCAUUUCCAGUGGCGGAGGUGGUGGAGGAGUUUCCAUGAUGGCUGCAGCUGCUUUGCGAGCUUCCGUCAAGAAUGUGGACGAAAAGUCUGAUGACAAGGACAAGGAUAAGAAACCCGAUGGCAAAGCAAGUACUGUCAGUAAGCCAUCGGAUGACAACAAGUCCAGUGAGGUGAAGAAACCAGGCGAUGACAAGGACAAAGAUACGAAGCAGCCUCCCAAGGACUCCAAGCCGCCACCAGGUGGUCCGAAGCCCGGGGAUCAGAAACCUGCUCCAGCAGCUGGGGCUCCAAAGCCCCAGGCAGCUGGCAAUGGCAGCAAGCCCAGUGACCAGCAAAAGAAGGAUGCUCCGGCACCUCCAUCCAAGCCUGCAGACACCAAGCCAUCAGCUCCCAAGCCCGGAGAACCUGCAAAGCCCGAGGCAGCUGCCAAGAAAGAGGAGUCUUCUAAGAGCGAGGCCAGCAAGCCGGCAGCCACAAAUGGAGCCGCCAAAAGUGCUGCUCCCUCAGCUCCAGCGGAUGCCAAGCCAGAUCCCAAAUUAAAAGCGGCAGGAGCUGGAGCUCCGGAAGGAACCAAAGCCACCAAUGGAGCCUCCAAGCCGGAUGACAAGAACAGCGGCCAGGAGCAGCCCAAAAAGACUGGAGAUGAUGCCAAGAAACCGGAAGAUGCCAAGGACAAGGAUAAGAAACCAGGCGAUGGCAAGGAUAAGAAACCUGGUGAUGAGAAGGACAAAAAACCUGGCGACGACAAAGACAAGAAACCGGCCGACGAUAAGGAUAAGAAGCCGGCUGACGACAAGGACAAGAAACCAAGCGACGACAAGGAUAAGAAACCAGCCGACGAUAAGGACAAGAAGCCAGGAGCAGCUCCUCUAAAACCGGCGAUCAAGGUGGGUCAAAGCAGUGCGGCAGCCGGUGGAGAACGCGGCAAAUCCACGGUCACAGGUCGCAUGAUCUCCGGCUGGCUAUAAACCAUUCGCGGAAUCCACUUUCGACCGAUUGAAUAGCAGUUAUAGACAAUUAAGUCCCUCUGUUUGUGUGAACAAUAAACGAAUCUCAAAUACAAGUA